UUUAGAUGAGUUUUCUAAAACAAGUUAUUUUUAAUGUUGCAACUAAUUUGCAUAUUGUAUUGUGAUUCUGCGCGUGACAUUUGAUCCAGCAGACAGCCUCAAAAUUAGUCAACGUAAGAGUCGAGAUUCGAGGCCGACUGCGGAAUCGCGGACUGUGUAAAACAUUAAUUUCUCGUUCGAUGAAUUAUCAAUAUUAAUUGCUUACAAUUUUCGUUCUAUUAAUAUUUUUAUCAUCAAUUGAUCGCAAGUAUUAUUUGUUAUGAACCCAUGUAGAAUAUUUUUUUAUAAAUCAUUAAACUUCAAACAAAUUCAAUUAAGAAGAAUAAAUACAAUUACUAGACAAACUCCUGCUGAAUAUUGUUUACAUCUUAUAAGAAAACAUGAUUACGAAGGAUUUUUGUGCACUUUACUCUUACCCAAUAACUUGAGAUCACCAGCAGUUGCUAUCAAAGCAUUCAAUACUGAAAUUGCUCUAGUAGAAGAUCAAGUCAGUGAUGAUAACAUAGGUUUAAUGCGAUUAAAAUUUUGGGAGGAAUCACUACAACAAACAUUUGAUGGAAAACCUCCAAAAAAUCCUGCAUGUUUAGAAUUGCAUCGGGUCCUGAAAAAGCAUAAAUUAUCCAAACACUAUUUCAAGCGCUUGAUCGAAGCUCGUUACAAUCGAUUAAAUGGAUCCUUGUUUGCAGAUUUAGAUUCAGUUGAAAAGUAUGCUGAACAAACUGUGUCUUCUAUUUAUUAUUUGAUGUUGGAAGCUCAGGGAAUUCAAGAUGUAGACACAGAUCAUUUUGCUAGUCAUUUUGGUAAAGCUCAUGGCAUAUUAAAUUUAAUUCGAUCUGUACCUUAUAGUGCUCAGAAACGAAUUAUUUUAUUGCCGCAAGAUAUACUUAUGAAGUAUAACAUUUCAUCAGAAUCAGUAUUUCAAGGUAGAGGCAGUAAAGAAUUAAACGAUGUAAUUUUUGAAGUAUCAUCAAGAGCUAAACAACAUUUAAAUAAGGCCUUAUCAAUGAGAAAUAAAAUAAAGAAGGAAUCUAAAAUAAUUUUUCUACCAUCUCUGAUCAUAGAGAAUUACUUGGAAAAAUUGCGUAGAAUUGACUUCAAUAUAUUUGAUCCUCAAUUACAACGACGGGACAAUCUUUUGCCAUUAAAACUCUAUUGGAAAAAGUUAUUUUUACGAUAAUAGACGAUUUUUAUGAAAAUUUUGCAU